AUGGCGUCAUUUGGUGUUGCGCAUUCAAGGGAUUUUCGCCAUCAAGAAUUCUCGACCUAUGAGGAGACUAGAGCACAAGAAUGGAAUUCGUCACAGGCUGACAAAGUUCACUGGGAGCAAGAUGCUGCUUUUCGAAAACAACCUUACCGAUAUUUGCAUCAUCAAAAUGGUUUCAUUGGGACCUUCCAAAUUCGACUGCUGGAAGCUGCGAAUUUAAAACGAUCUUAUUGGAGUCCGCUGGGUCUGGGGCCAGUAAAGCUAUUGGGACUGUCAAAGGCCCACGGUCCUGUCAGUAGUUUCGUUUCCUUCUCAUUGGAUCAUCGUCCCGGUAGCGAUUUCGAUCAGCAGCAGUCUCUUGACUCGAAACCAGCGGCAAAGCCUUUGGAACUUCCGCCAGCAUUUGUCUCUCCAAUUAUGGCACAGGAUGAUAAUCCAGUCUGGACAAACUGCUUCUUUGAUAUUAAAUUGAGGAAAGGUGAUUUUCAAGAUGGACAGAAAAUCUGUCUUUCGGUGCGCGUAGACGAAGAUGCCACUGCCGUAGAGAACCUGUUGCCAGGAGUUCCUUCUGGAGGUGACUCUCGACUUUUGGGUACCGGUUCAUUGGAUCUUACGUCUUUGUGCCUUGGUCAAACAGCGGAAACAGGGCAGCCACAAGUAGGUGUUUUGGACACUUGGAUCAACAUUUCCCAACAGAAAGGAGGAGAUGAAAUUGCCAAACAAGAGCACAAGGAAUACGCACAAGAUUUGGAUAAGAAGGAUAAGGCUACAAAAGAUGAAAAAGACGGCUCAGCUGACUGCGUAAACGCGACAGGUCGAGUUAGAAUACUUGUCAGCUACCUUCCAAAUGGAAUGGAACCAAAGCACAACGAUAUUGUGGCAUUGGAAGCAUUCGCGAGGCAGAAUCCUCGAAAAUCCAGCUGUCGCCCUAUCUUACCGCCCUUGCUUCCACUACAAGUAGUCAAGACAUCAGGUUCUUGGUUGCUUGUGGACUAUGAACUACCAGGGCGAAGUCGUCGUUCUUCCAGGGACAAAAGAGCACUAUUGCGAUUGCAUCGGAAUUCCGUUUUUGUAAUUGAACGCAAGAAUAUCGUGGAUGGGACACUAAACCUGGCACUGCUACCAGCUGAUGUAUUUAUGAACUCGCCAUUGGGAGGCGCAACUCGGGAGGUUUUGGGUCCAGCUUUUGUGGCUGGAAAGCAGUUGCUAAUGCCAGCAUUGCUGUCGUCCAAGCUCCUUUGGAUGGCGGUUCGCACUACCGCAGUCGCAUCCAUCACUGGCGUCCAAGCUGCGACAGGUGCCUUUGUAAACGAAGGAUCGAAUUCUUUGACCAAUGAUGGUGAGGGAUCACGGACGCAGCGAUCCAACAAUUACAAAUUUGUCAGUUUGUAG